AUGGAGAAUCAGAUGAACUCAACUGAAUUAUCAAGUCGUGUUACUCCUAAUGAUGAAAAACUUUAUCUAGCUAGUUCUAAGUUUGAAUUAAGUGAUGAGCUAUUAACAAGUGCGAGGGAAUUUUAUGCUAGUAAAGGAAACGGGUUAACUAUUCGAAACUCAAAAAAAGAUAAAUUCAUCAUCUUGCAAUGUGACCGUAGCGGUUCACCUCGAAUUGAAGAGAAUAAAAUCAGAAGCACUAAUACUCGUUUGAUUAAUUGUCCCUUUAGAUUAACAUGUAAAAAGGGAAGUCAUGGUUCAUGGAUAUUUCAUGCAAAAGAUUUGACACACAACCAUGAACCAUCUAUUGAUACAUCUGGCCAUCCAAGUUUUAGGCGAUUAUCAGCUGAUAGUAUACAAGUUGUGAAAAACAUGACAUUGGCUGGAAUACCUCCAAGACAGAUACUUUCUUCUCUACGUCAACAAAGCCCAAAUCUUCCAGCAGUCUCUAGAACUAUAUACAAUUUAAAGGCAAAAUUUCGCAAGGAUAGUUUAGGAAAUCGUUCCAAGAAUUGCCCGUUUGUUAUUGUGACAGAUAGGGAAUUGGCAUUGAUGAAUGCCAUAAAGAAUGUAUAUCCAACCACCACAAAUCUUUUGUGUGUUUGGCACAUUGAAAAAAAUGUGUUGGCAAAUUGCAAGAAGUAUUUUGGAUGUGCCAAAGAGUUUGAUAUGUUUAUGUUAAGGUGGAAUAAUAUAGUGUAUUCAACAACAGCAGCUGAAUUUGUGAGAAAUUGGGGAGAACUCCGAGCAUUUUGUAGUGAUAAGAUAAAAGUGAUCGAGUACCUAGAGAACACAUGGUUAACUUGGAAAGAAAGAUUUGUUUGUGCUUGGACCGACAAAAGCUUACAUUUUGGCAACCGUUCAUCCUCAAGAGGUGAAGGUGCUCAUGCCAAAUUAAAGCAAUAUUUGCAAGUUUCUACCGGUGGUUUUCAAGAAGUAAAAGAUAAAAUGUCUCUUGCAAUCGAACAUGAAUUCAACGAGAUCAAAGUGAAACUUUCAAGUGAGAAAAUUCAUGUCGUUCAUGAUUCUAAUAUACCGCUUUUUAGGGAACUUUUGUAUCGUGUAUCUCAUUUUGCUUUGAAAGAGAUUUAUGAGCAAUAUAAAAGGUUUAAACAAGGCAACAUGGCUCUUUGCACUGGUCAUUUUAUGGAAACCAUGGGUCUUCCAUGUUCCCACAAAAUAGAAGAGUGGCAUGGAAGGUCACUUCCAUUGGAGCUUAUCCAUCCAAAUUGGAGGAUUGAUACAUUAAGUCUAACUAGAGAUUUUGAUUCACACAAUGAUGACAAUGACAUAUUUGAGCAGUUGCUAAAUGAGUUGCAUUUAAAGUUCCAAAUAUGGCCUGAGAACAAGAAAGAGUUUGCUACUAAGAUGAUUACUAAACUUAUUGACAAAUCCGAUACACUUUUUGAGCCAAGAAUUCAACGAGCAAAAGGAAGACCACCAAAAUCGAAAAAGAAAAGGGGAAUAACUUCGACGAGAAGAGAUUUAUCAAGGUUUGAGCAUGUGGAAUCAUCACAAACAAACAACUCGUCAAUGUCUACUUGUGUCGAAAGAACCAAUGGAACAACUAAUGAAUAUAGUUAUAUCUUUCAUGACAACAAUUCACUUGAUUUAAAUUUAUACUCAGAUUUAUCAAGUGAAUAUAUGUUGUUAGAGUAG